AUGAAAGAGAGAGACCCUGACAGCACCCCCACCACGAGAACUGCCCCUCCCUCCCCAUCCGCCUACCGUCGAACCCAAAGCUACCUUUCUGAGCCCCACACCGGCUAUGAGUCCCUCGAACCGCCCUUGGAAAUCGGCGAAACAACAAGCCUCCUGGGUCCCAGCCAGGACGGUCGGAGGAGAGCGCCGCGGCGAUCAUACACGAGUAUCUCCGGGGUCUCUGGGGCAGAGUCUUUGAGACACCUGCUGGCGGCUGGUAGCUUGCGACGAGUGCGAAAUCACAGCCGGGGCAACUCGCUGAGUCGGCGUGUGAGCCGACGAGGCAGUGUGGGAGAUGACAGCCGAGUAGCCAGCGUGCCGCCGUCGGCCAAGGACGGUCUUACGGCUUCGUCCUUCCUCGAUGAGCGGACAUGGUACGACCAGUUUACCUCUACCGACUGGGUGCACGACAGCAUUGCAGAUGGAGAGCGCCUCCGCCAACUUCGCCGCCGCAAGGAUAUCCGGGGUCGACUGCUGGCGUGGUUUGACGGCGCACAAGGAUGGAUUCUCGUGGCCCUUGCCGGAUGCAUCACGGCUGCCAUCGCGUACUUUGUCGACGUUACCGAGGAGUCAGUAUAUGACCUGAAAGAGGGCUUCUGCACAGCUCGGUGGUUUCGCAGUCGGCAUGCCUGUUGUGAUGAUGGGAUCAAUUGCGCCGCUUGGCGGUCAUGGUCUCAGAUCCUCACACCCUCCGGUACAAACAACCAAUGGAUUGACUUCACCAUGUUCAUCUUUGGAGUUGUAAUCCUUGCCGUCAUUUCCUGCGCCCUAACGUUGCUUACCAAAACUGUCGUCCCAUCCUCCGUCUCCUUGGCGACCCUGGACGAAAACCUGGGGGCGGAGUCACGCAGUGCCAAGUAUGGCACAGUGAGCUCUGGAUCUCCUUCCUCACAGACGAGUCCACAUGGGACGUUUCCCAAUUUCCCGCCACGCCCGGCAAUGACCUACUACUCUGCUGCAGGCAGUGGAGUGGCUGAGGUCAAGGUUAUCAAUAGCGGUUUUGUUCUUCACGGGUAUUUGGGUCUGAAGACGCUGGUGGUUAAAACUAUUUCCCUAAUCUUCAGUGUUUCCUCCGGUCUGAGUUUGGGCAAGGAAGGCCCGUACGUUCAUAUCGCCACGUGCGUGGGCAAUAUCUGCUGCCGACUGUUUGCCAAGUACAACCAGAACGACGGCAAGAGACGAGAGGUGCUGAGUGCGAGUGCAGCCAGUGGAGUCGCUGUCGCUUUUGGGGCGCCGAUUGGCGGCGUGCUCUUUAGUCUGGAAGAAGUCAGCUACUAUUUCCCACCCAAGACUCUGUUUCGGACGUUCUUCUGUUGCAUUGCGUCGGCAUUGUCCCUCAAGUUCCUUAAUCCCUACGGCACCGGAAAAAUUGUCCUGUUCGAGGUCCGGUACCUAUCCGACUGGGAGAUUUUCGAAAUCUUUAUUUUCAUCAUCCUCGGGGUUCUCGGUGGUGCGCUUGGCGCCCUGUUCAUCAAGGCGUCGAGUCUGUGGGCGCGCUCGUUCCGUCGGAUCCCCAUCAUUAAACGGUGGCCGAUGCUUGAGGUCGUGCUCGUGGCAUUGCUGACAGGCGUGGCCAGUUUUUGGAACCGAUACACCAGACUGCCUGUCACCGAACUCCUGCUUGAGUUGGCCAGUCCCUGCCAACGGGACUCCGUUGAGAGUAACGGCUUGUGCCCCCAUGAAGACGGGAUCCUCGACAUCAUUAAAUAUCUCAUAGUGGCAUUUGUCAUCAAAAGUCUCUUGACCGUGGUGACGUUCGGCAUCAAAGUGCCUGCGGGCAUUUAUGUUCCAUCUAUGGUCGUUGGCGGUCUUAUGGGACGAAUCGUCGGGCAUGUCGUGCAGUACUGGGUGGCGAGCCACCCCACGUUUUUCCUAUUCGACUCGUGUCCUGCCGUCGCCGGCAUGGAGUCUUGCGUGACGCCCGGGGUAUAUGCGAUGGUGGCUGCGGGUGCGACUAUGUGCGGUGUGACGCGGUUGUCGGUCACCCUUGCUGUGAUUCUCUUCGAACUGACGGGCAGUCUCAACCAUGUGCUGCCAUUUUCGUUGGCGGUUCUCUGCGCCAAAUGGACUGCAGAUGCCAUGGAGCCUCGCAGCAUCUACGUAAGCUCACCUACGAACCUUGGAAACCCCGACAUCGUUUGCGUGCUAAACCGUCUACAGGAUUUCUUGACUGAUAUGAACGCCUAUCCCUUCCUGGACAACAAGCUCCAGCCUCUGUCCGACGCCGAAUUAGGUGAUAUUGUCAGCCCGGCUCGGCGGCACCGCGUCAUUGAUAUCUCAAAUUCGUCCUUGGUCGCUGCUUCAAACCUCCGUUUGAAGCUCGAGUAUCUGCUGAUGGCCGGCGAACUUGACGGUGGUCUUCCGAUCCUGAGAGAUGGUGUCCUAACCGGUCUGAUCCCGGCACCGGAUCUGGAGUAUGCACUGGAUAACCUCGGCGAAGACGAGGACACCACGAUCUGCCUGAUGGCCAUGGACGCCUCACCGGCGAUUUAUGAUAGCGAGAACGAGGAAGCCGUCCAGGUGGACUUUACCCGAUAUAUUGACCCGGCACCAAUUGCUCUUGACGUGCAUUCUCCUAUCGACCUGGUCUACCAGUGCUUUGCCAAGCUGGGUCUCCGCUACCUCUGUGUUUUGCAGGAUGGGCGAUAUGUCGGCCUGGUGCACAAGAAGGCAUUUGUGAAAUUCAUGAAAGAGCUUGAAUAA